AUGCGAAUGAUUAUUUUUGUUUGCUUAAUUGUUACAACAAUCGUUUGGCAUGGAAAAUGCUUUAGCAAUAUACCAUUAAUACCAUAUAAUUUCAAGCUUUACUGUCGGAAUGGCCAAUCGCACAUUCCGGAAACUCGAGUUCCCUCUUUGUGUCCGUCAUCCAGCACCUCCUGUGGUUAUUUCGAAUUUGGAAAUAUAUUAUUAUCGGGAAAUAAAGAUGAACCAUUAGGAUUCUAUGAAUGUAUCAAUUCAAGCAUUCUUAUGCCUGAUAAUAAUAAUGAUGAUAAGAUAAAACAGUUACUAUUUUCGAAAUAUUGCGAUGAUCAGGCACGUUGUCGAGAAAUAAUGCUUUCUUCAUUCGAUCCCAAAUUUGUUGAAUAUUUAAUUAAAAGUAAUGAUGAUAGAUAUUUAAAUGAAAGAGAUGAUGAUAAAUUACAACGAUUAUUAACAAGGAGAAUAAAAUUUUGUUGUGCCAUCAAUGAUUAUCUCCUUCAAAAAAUUAUACAUUCCGGUAAUUCUAUUCUUCCUACAUUAGCUCCUUCUGAACCAGUCAUUUGCAACAAUGUUCACUGUCAAGGUUCUCCAAUCGGAUGUCUCACUUAUUCGGAAUCCAACCAAACACAACAAUUGGUAGAAGAAGAAGAAGAUGUUGUCAUUGUGCAACCUAUGCAUAUUAAUUAUGAGGAUUAUACAGUGAUUUCAUCUCAACCAAUAAAUAAUAAGUAUAUGAGGAAGUAUACCAUGGAACAUCAUUGUGUUUAUCGUCAUUUCAACGAUGAAAUGUAUCGAUACUGUUUGCUAAUAAAUGAUCAGCCAACGAACAAUAAUCAUUGCCUUUACGGCGAUGGUUAUCAGUUAUGUUGUUGUUUCCUUCAGAGAGAAUUCUUCCUAGGAGCUCGAACGUGUGAUCCGUUAUCAACAGAAGUGAUAACAAAGAAAUCUAUGGAAAUUUCUGAAAUUGUUCCCAAUCAAUCGAUAACAUCUCUUCCAACUUAUAAUACAAAUAUAAAAACUAAGCUUCGUAUAAGGUUUUCGUAUAUGUUUAAAAAUUAA